CAGUUGUCCAGUCGAACGCAUGCGCUGUCAAGAAUUUGACGUGGCUUUUAUGACUUUUCAAAAAUAUUUAGCAAGAAAUGGGUUUAUAACUUGAAUAAAACUCACACAAACGUUUCGGAAAAUGCUUCCCAUAACAGAUUACCAAAGUAAGCGUUCUCUGAUCCUUUUAAUUUUUUUUGGCUUGAGUUUUUAGUAAUUUUAUGGGUGAUUUUUGUGUCGCAGAAAUCGGCAUUGGAGUGUCCGGAUUUGGAGUGUUCUUUCUAUUUCUCGGUGUACUGUUCUUUUUUGACAAAGGUCUCUUAGCCAUUGGAAAUGUAAGUAAAUUUCCGUUAUUUUCUUUUAUUCAUUUCCAUGUGGUAGUUGUCUUAGCUAGAUUCCUUAAUCAUUGUAAGCGUUUUAAUUAAUUGUAGCUAACAUGCAUGGUUUAUUUUAACAAUAUUCGACAGAGCAGACCUUUCAAUUUUUAAUAUUGAGCGGUGGAUCUUAGUUAGAGUCCUAAUGCGAGUUACAGCUGAGAGGCUGUAUUUAAAUCUUAAAUCCUCAACACUAAGAUACUGAUUCUCCUCACUUUUGUUUUUUUUACUUUCCUAGAAUGCAACGAAAUGACUGUUGUAUUCCAACUUUAAUAACAUCAAUAAGGCAAAUCUCAUCCACUGACAAGCCUUAGAAGCACUUGGGUGCACCACCCAGAUAGUAUGAAUCACAACUCUGCAAUAAUUUUAAUUUCCUUAUGGUACUAUUUUUUCAAAAAUUAAAUAAUAAUUGCAUAUGCCAACUUUCCCAAAUUAUCUGGGGCUCCUGCAUAUGGCAGAAAUAUCCUGGUCUCUCAUAUGUCACUAGCAAAAAAAGUGAAUUUUUACGGUCUCUACCUCAUGUAAGACUUUGUAAAAUGUCCUAAGCCACAGCUAUGUUGUAAUAGCCCACGUUCAAUAUAUUAAAAUUCUGACAUGACUCCGAGGCUUUAGGGUGAAAAUGCAAUUUUUUUACGACUCCAUUGUCUCACAAUUCACAGAAGAGAUUUGAGCACAAAGAACACCAAAUCAAAUAUAGAAAAAUGACCAGAAAGCCUCAAAGUCAUGUUAGAAUUUUAAUAUAAUCGUGUUUGAGGAUCGGGGGUUGGGGGAGGUUGAUUAUUGAUAUUGGAAGGUGUUACUACGAAAGAGACAGUCUCCAAAUUUUAGAUCUCUAGUAGCCCGGGUAGCAAGCAUUUCCAAUCGAGUUAUUGUGAAAGUUGGAGCAAGAGCAAAAAAAUGGAAAUGGAAGGGACAGGGGUGAAGAGGAAACUCUUGCCCGCAAACCCCAUGAUUCUGGAAAUACCCCUUAAUGCUUGCCUGCAAAUCCCAUGAUUCUGGAAAUACCCCUUAAUGCUCGCCUGCAAACCCCAUGAUUCUGGAAAUACCCCUUAAUAUUUCAUGGUUCGGUUCAGUUGUAAAUUGACAGCUUGUCAACAUACCAGACAGUGUAACGUGAAUAACAUUAACGAAACAGAUUACCAGAUUUGUAAAAUUUACUAUGGUCUCUCUAAAACAAGCUGCACACAAUUGCAGAAAACUGUAAUAAAGUAGCUUUAUGAUACAAGAAGGGUGAAACUCCAAUCCUGUUGUUGUUGUCCUAUUGUCAAGUUAAAUUUGGAACAUUAUGUGGCUUUAUCUCAUCUGAAACCUUGUCAAAAUGUCUCAAAAAAAUGAUUUGUUGAGAACAAUAUUCACCCCGCCGGCUAUGAGUUUUGCAGAUCAGCUGCUAUUUGGCCAGUGAUGAAAAGUUUUCUACAAUACUUAAUGUAUACUCUGUCAGGAGUACACCGUUAAACCUCUAGGUUGGCUGUCUGCAUUAAUGUAAUGUCUACAUUUUUUGGUCUGGCAGAAAAUCCAUACAUUCACUCUUUUUAACUUCCUCUCAAAAGCCUCCCCUUCACGAUUAUUUUUUAGCAGCCAGUUAAAUGCAUCUCAGCUGCAAAAUAACAUCUUCACAAUAGCCAUUUAAAAAUAAAGGAUAAUUUAUUUACAAAAUGAUAGACCCUCUUUACCUUUGUUGCUGUAUUUUGUUGACAUUUUUUUUGUGUUUUGUGUUUUGUUUCAUUAAUGUAUUUUGAUUGUGUUGUAUAUAAUACAUGUAUGCCAUAAAAAAGGCGAUUUAAGAUAAAAAUGUGGACUGCUUUUUCCCAAAAAAGUGGUGUCACGUUACAGUAGUACCUCCCUAUUAUGGCCAUUAUUGUACAACAGUCUCUUGUCUCUGUCCCCGCAAGAGCAUUUGUCGAGAGGUUCAAAUUUAAUAACAGUUUUGAAACCGUGGGGGUUUCAUUAGGGUUAGAUACAUAAUUACAGCAGCGUAAUUUUGGGCAUAAUGCUAUUGUCGAAGCAUCAAGCAUAAUGCCGGUAUAAUGGGCAUUUUUUUAGCAUAAAGAGAAUGAUGAUGAUAACAAAACUUAUGUUUCCCCUUUCCAUAAUGGUUAUAACUGUAAUGAGAAAUUUUCACUUUCAAGUGCUUCUAGUAAGGAUUUGACAUAAUCAAAGACUUGGCUACUACAGGCCUGAUCCCCCCUGCAUCAUUAUGUCAGGCUGCUGAGGCUUUCCAGUUGUCGGUCCACCAUGGCUGCCAUUAAUUAAUGCAAUAAAAUGUUUUGUUUCUGGCUUAUGGAGGGUUUUUGGCUGCGGGGAUAGAAAAGGGCAUCAAAAUAAUAUAACCAAGAUUAGUCGAGCACAGCACUUCUUCUCUGAGCAUAAUUUUCGGCAUAAUGCUGUUGUUUUGAGGAUGAUGUUCAAAAGCAUGACUCUACAGUUCUGAGCGUAAUGUAUCUAACCCCAGGUUUCAUUGUUUAGGAGUCAGCUACCAGCAGUGUACAGAUCAAUCUACAUUUGUAUUUUACUGAAACCCCUGCCUACUUUGCCUUGAUUUUGCUUACUGUUAUGAGAAUUACCUGGAACUGCUGCUUAGUUCAACUAAACCCUGUCCACAUGUACUCAGAUAAAAUGAUUUUUGUAAAUGGAGAUUUUUUCCCCUCUUUCCCUUCGUUCCAUAUGUUAACAGCUUUUCUGGGCACUAAAGUUGCCAGUUUUUGAAAAUGGUCUGGCUCCAGAGUGGAGUUUUUUGAAAGUGCUGGCUUUUUGUUUUCUUGUGGACAGAAGAAAAUAGAGGGUUUCAUACAGGAUGAUGACAUACAUGAUACAGUGCAUGCUCUGUAAUGGACGCUGUUGUAUUUACCGUAAUUUAGCAUUUUAACGUGGAUUUUAAAUAGACUAUGUGUGGGGAUUUCACCCUGAAAAUUUUGCACAGUACAUCACAGAAGUCAUCAUGUAAUAGUCAUACAGACAGCAGUAUGGGUCUUUUAUGUACCACGUUUAGUCAGAUCGGUGAAAGUGCUCUGAGAUGCGACCUAUGGGGUUUCAUCUUCAUCUGAGAUGACUAGAAUGUCUAACCUGAGAUGACUAGAAUGUCUAAGUUUUUGUAAGACCAAGAGUUUUGUCCAUACGGUAAUCAAACCCGAGCCUUGACUGCUCUGACCCCAGGGUCCAACCUCUUACCCUUUAUAGCCAUUUUUGAUAGAACAGGAACCCUUCCGCAUACCUUCUAUUGAGAAAUUAACGGUGCCCCUACAACAUACCCAGUUUAAAACUUUGCAUCCCUUUAACUGCUGUAAAUACACUGUCUUUAAAACAUGAAUAAAUCACUAAGCCAGAACAUUUUCUCAACUUUUCUACAGCCUUAAAAUGCAUCUGUAAGCCCUUACAGAUUUCCCACACCUUUCAUACUUUAACAAGUGAAAUCCCUGUUUUUUCAUAAAGCUGUUAGCCAUAAGGCCUUGAAAGGGAGUGUUUGUGUUCAUGUGAUGAAUUUUAAUUUAAAGUUUCUCUUGCACAAGAAAGGGACUGCACCCAUUUGGACCAACAGUCUUGCCUGAAAGUACAGUGUGUUUUUGUGGUCUUUGUAGGACAUAUCAAACAUUAUGGAGAGAGAUUAAGGUUGCAGAUUUACUUGUAAAGGGAGGUAUUAUUAUUUUGUUGUGUUAAAUAAACACGCAGUCAAUAGAAGGUGAAGUAUGGCAGUUGUACACUUGAUAAUAUUAUGAUUAGAUAUAACUUCUAAGAGUUUUUUCAGUUGCUUAACUUCUACUAUAGUUUGUUUCCAUUCUUUUAAUAUUGAUCCAAGAUUCCUUUGGCUUAGAAAAUUGAAUAUAAAAACAGCAUAAUUUUUUUUUACCAGAUUAAUAGACUCAUACUAAUCUAUAAUUCUACAGUGGCUGUAUUUCCGUUUUGGAUAUCAUAAAUAAGGCUAAUAGUUUUAACUAGGUAUCUGAAGCCUGUUUGAUCCUUGCCGCCAAAUUAUUUCUUUGACAUAACUUCCCUUUAUCAUGUGAUAAAAUAAUACGUAAAUAGUGUUACUUGUAUCUCGUCAAAGCCAUCAAAAGGUUUUUUCCCUUUGGACAAGCUUAAGUCAUGUAGCAUUUAUAAGUUAGAAAGUUAGAUAGUAAAUAGUUUUGCUAUUAUUUUUCUUUGUCAUUUGAGCGUAGUUUAAAAGGAAUAGCUAUUUGUCAGCCUCCACAAUAGCAAAUAAUUAUUUCACUGUCUGUAGACUUGACUUGGAUCUACAGCUGUAUGUAUUUCAUCCAUGCACACCUGUUUCCUGUCAGGAAACAAAAUUUCCCACAAAGGCAGGUGAAGUAAGGCAUGAAUUUCAAAAACAAUAAGACAGUCAAGUGAACAUGUAGACAUCCGCCCGUCUUUUUUUCUUUGUGACUUCCUGUUGUUUUUCAACCUUCUGUUAUCAGUCUUGUUUGUUUUUAAUGAAGUAACUUAAAAUAGUUUGACCUGAUUCAGAAGUUUGACCUCCAUGCAUUGGUAGCUAGAUAUGUUUGUAAACAGGCGAUAUUAUUUGACACUGUUCAGUAGUAUUAAUUGAACAAGAGUGUCAUUGUUGUCAUGGCAUAACUUUAGUUAUGGUAAAAUGGCAUUCUAUUGCAAUUCUGUUAAUUUUCUCCAACACAAACUUGUUUGAGCUACAUGUGCAUGAUGAGAUAAAAGUUAAAUUGAAAAAGGAACCUUUUUUGUAUCCUUACGCUAAAUAAUGCUUUUAUCUCAGAAACAUUCUAAUGAUAUAAUUGAAUUAUGACAAUCCAAUUAGCUAAUCACAAAGAUAAUCACAAUUAUCAAUGAAAUUGGAGUCUCAUUUCUGGUAAAGUAUGAUAAAAUUGCCUUAGGGGAUUUGUAAGACUUGUAAAACAAUACUUAUUACAUGUAACUAUAGCAAGAAUACAAUGUAUUUGCUCUCUUUAUAAGAGAUUGCCAUGUCCCAUUGUGAUAAGUCUCACAAAAUAUAUUUGCCUGAUAACUUGCAGCAUCUCCUUAUGGACAGUGAGUUUGUCACCCCUGGCCCUGUGCCCUGCAUACCUGUGGCAUUAAAGUCCCUUAAGACGCAAAAUAAUUCACAGCAGGCAUCUUGCAGGAUGCUAAGAUCAAUCACUGAUAGAUUGUUCAGUCUACAUGUUAAAGCGUUUUUCAAGAGUAUCCCGUUUGUGUGAUUUUUUGUCUGUCAUAAAACUAUCCACAAUUCAAAUGAGCAAAAUAUUUUUUUUGCCUACAAAACAGGUACAGGGUUAAUUUCUGAACAAACAGGCAGAAGCAUUUCUUUGCUCAAAAUGCUUUUAUUUUUUUUUUGAAUGCUGCCCUUUUAAUUUACGUAAGGUGUGGUUAUAUGGGACUCUUUUACCGUAGUACCCUGGGAAAUUGGUGUGGUGCAUGUGACUGGACUUCCUCAAGAUAAAUUUACCAUGAGAAAUAUCCACGGAUACAUGUAAAAGAAGAAAGAGACUGCCUGAAACAUUUAACAUGGUAAAUAGCUAGGGUGUUUCGAUACCCAAGGCACCAAAACCAACCAGAAUUCUUCAUUGAGGGGGGCGUAAGGGGGGUACCAAUACCGCAAAACCGCACAGAAAUACUUGUAAAUACCUCACAGAAUAACAUAAGAAAACCGGAAACUGCACUGAAAUUACCUGAAGAUUUCUAAAUAUCGCAAACCGCUUGGUUUUGUAAAACCGCCAUACCGCAACUUAAAAUAAAAAUCACCGCAAAACCGCACCAAAAAUAGAGCAUCACUGCAAACCCUUACACCCCCCUAUUGAUUAGACACCAACAUGAAGCCACAAUAAAAAUUGUUUAUUUUAGUGGGUUUCUUGCGUGCUGUUUCAGGAAAAGAUCGAUGUUGAUGUGGCAGACAUUCGCAUUGAAGUGAAAGUAACAGGAAAAUUUUUAAGCUUUUUAAGGCAAGACUUCAGCUCGUUUUUUGGGCCAGAUGUAGGAAAGAUAAUUAUUUACCACAAAUUCGUUCUAAUCCUGACUGAUUUUUGAAAUGGGAUGGCCUAGAUUUUAAACAAAUGGUUUAUACCUUCUCUAAUUUAUCAGGACUAACAAAGCACAAGCAAUUUUUCUCAAACUAUACGUAAAUUUUCAGCGAGCUACUGGUCCUUAUUGACAGCCUUGGUUCUGAAAUUUACAUAUUGUAUAUGCACAGGCCAGGGGCACCCAACGACCAAAUGUUUCCAAAUACGCCAGAAGUGUCUGAAAUGGUUUUCUCUGUGCUUUAGAAGCCUGUUUGGUUAAUUUGAAGUUGCCCUAACAACUAAUUAUCUGUUCGGAUGUCUAAGGCAAACUUUGGUCAUCACGAAAGUUUUAGGUGGCUUUUUCGUCUCGUGCAAAAGUGUUAGCUACCCUUAUUGGUCUGGUGGAAAGUAUGAGGACAUGAAGUAGCCUUGCUUUCAUUAGAAAAUUUCACAAAACCUUUUACACCGAGAAUUUUAGGAGACCUUUUUUUAAUAACAAUUGCAAUAUCUUGGUAUUAAAAUGUGACUACACGUAACACAACCUCUGAAAAUCAUAGUUAAGCUAUUAGAAAAUGUCUGAAUAUUUUAGACGAAUGGAACGGUUAUAAUCCAAAAAGUUUUAGCUUUUCACAAGCUUUAGAAAUUUCUAGGCACUAUUUGCUUCUUAGAACAGUUAUUGUACAGAAACAAGUCGCUGGGUGCCCCUGACAGGCUUGACUUGUUGUUUGUGUAUUAUUUGGUGGCUGGUUAUAAACUUAAUAAUGGUUGGUUGUUAUUGAGGUAAUGAGUGAAUCCUUCAGAUCACCCAGCCCUUUGGCCCAAAUCAUCAAAGUUUAAAAUGGUGUAUUAGAGAGUGCAUUAGCUUUCAAAGUGUCAAGAAAUUCCUUUAUUAUGAGAAAUGUUUGUGUUAUAAAAAUGAGACAUCAACGGUGAAAAGUGUGGCAAAAGCAUGAAGUGUAGACUUCUUUGUUUCCUUUGUUUUACGUCACUUGUGAGUUUAACAGGUUCUUACACCAGGGAUGAGCCCCAUGUGUCUGUAAACUUUUCAACUUGUACAUUGAAAUUAUUUUGUUUUUACUGUAUUUUCAGAUACUGUUCAUCUCUGGCUUAGCAUUGGUAAUUGGAUUAGAAAGAACUUUUAGAUUUUUCUUUCAAAAACACAAGCUUAAAGGCAGCUCCUGUUUCCUUGGUGGAGUGAUGGUUGUUCUAUUUGGGUGGCCACUUAUAGGCAUGAUUAUAGAAACUUAUGGAUUUGUACUUUUGUUUAGGUAAGUGAUGUGCUCUUUUGUAAAAUCUUAAACAUUGGGUAUGAUCAAGGCAGGUCAAGAGUACCCCCCAAGAUUCUAUUAAUGAAAUGAUUAUUUGAAAAAAAAAUGAAUCCCUUAGUCGUUUCCAUAACUAGUGUCAAAUUCAAAUGGGUAUUCCUACAUGUGUAAUAAGCGGUGAAUAUUUUACAAGAACUUCUCUGUAUUUGGUCUGAUGAAAAUCUUUGAAUGGGUUAAAUUUCCUAGAAGACAUUCACAUCAAAUUCAGGGAAACUGAGGUGGUACAAAUGCAAGAGUGCAGAGAUAAUCUGAUAUGUACAACUACCAACAGAUUCAAAUUUCGAAUAAUAAUUCAUUAAUGGUCAUUCAUUAAUGGGGGGUACGCUUGACCUGGCUUGACUGUAAUUUGUACACACAUCUGGUCCUUGUUGUUCAAAAGACGGAUAGCACUGUCCACUGGAUAAAUCGCUAUCCAGUUGAUAAGUAUUAGGAGAACCAAUUGCGCUAUCCAGUGGAUAGAGAGUUAUAUGAUGGAUAGCGUUAUCCACCUUUUGAACAACUAAUAAUAAUAAUAAUACUAUACACUUAGAUAGCGCCUCUCUCUUAGUAAUCCAAAGCACUUUACAAUCCGUAAAUGCUUAGAAAACAAAUAAUUCACAUACAACAUAACAGGAUUUAAAACCCCAACUGGCUGGAGACAGCCAGUUGGCUUUUUACAAGCGUGGCCGAGGAUUUGAGCUCGGGACGACCGAGAACAAAUCCAGCAAGUGGCCAGAGCGGGACUUGAACCAGGACCACCGGAUUGUGAGUCCGACGCACUGACCACUCGUCCACGCUGCCUCCACAACGGGGACCAAGUUUACAGAUUUGUACAAUUUACGGAGACGAAAAUUUCUAGAUAGUUUUUGGGUUUAAAAAGUGACACUGCAGUCUUGACUUAUUUUUUCACUUUCUCUCCUCCCCUCUUCUUUUUCUUUUCUUGCCUCAUUUUCUUUUCUUGUGCUGGGCAUUUAGCAGGCAUCAUUUUACUGGGAAAGUUUUUGGGAAAGCCUGUAGGAUCUUAGGAUAAUGAUGAAAGGAGAGGUAGGUGGGUAGUGGAACAGGAUUUUCAUGAAAUUUUCGGGUCAGCUCACAUUUCAUGGUUUUUUGCCUUUUCUCUGGCCUCCUUGACUAAAUUGUGCUCACUCUGGUAUGGUUUGAAAGAUCUCUUCACCCUUCACAGUUUAGUUGACAAAGUUGUCCUUUACCAUUAAAACUGAUGACCUCAGACGUGGAAGAAGGGAUGUGGAUCCACAUGGGUGUUUACGGGUGGUUCAGGGGCAAAUGGGUUAACUUGAGAACGGUAAAAUCUGUGGUUUACAAUCUGAAAUUUUUCGUGCUAGCCUACCAAAAGCCCUUUCACUAGAGGAGUAACUAUUGUGCAUGUGUAAAGUACUUUUUUAAAACGAUAACAUGGUAACAUCUUCUGUUUUUUUCCUCAGCGGAUUUUUUCCUGUUGUAAUUAACUUUUUAAGAAGAGUACCAAUUAUUGGAAAUAUACUGAACUUUCCAGGAAUAAGCCAGGUAUGUAAUGCCAUCUGUUGCAACAGUUGACAGGAAGCAGUGUCAAUGCCUAAUAACAAAAUUAUAAGAAACAAACCUGGACCAUUAUUUUUGGAAUUCAAUUGAUGCAAAAAAUGGAAUCCACUAGGAAAUUGAGUAAUUUCAAUUUUCAGCGGACAAAAACUUUGUACCAGAAUAAUUUAAACAACAUUGCACUAUUUUUUACACUUUUCAAGGGCUAAAGACAUAAUAAGGUAUCUGUAAUAACACCAAAGACAAUUUGCCAUUGGAGCUCGAGAAAACAAAUAUCAAAUUUCACAAGAAUUGUGAAAGCACAGGUAAAAUUCUGAAAAUUUCAUGUGUAAGAUGUCAUUUUGUGAAAUUGGACAUUUAUUUUCUCGGGCUCCUUUUAGAAAUUUCCUUUGGUGUUAUUCCAGAAAACUAAUUACAUCUAAAACCCUUGAAAAAUGUAAAAAAAAAAAAGAAUGCAAUAUACUUUAAAUUUUUCUGGUCCAAGGUUUUUAUCCACUGAACAUUGAAAUUACUCAAUUUUUAGAUGGAUUCUGUCUUAACUUUUUUUAAAAAUAUAGUAAACAAUAUGAUGCAGGGACAUCUUGUGCAACCAAAGGCCAGACUUUGUUUAUUUAUUUCUUGUAUUCAUUUCGUAGUUCUUUUAUUCAUUAUUCAUUAUCUUGACAAAAAGACUACUGGUGUUUGGACCUCAGAAUUUCAAGCUGAUGGAUAUGUCAAGGCUGAUGUCUUGCAAAAAAAUAAUAUUAUUGGUGAUUGUAGAUUUAAAAGUUGACUGUACCUUUAUGUACGAAAUCGCUUUAUGGCUGAAGGUUGAGUCAUCUGCCAGUCUGCUUAGCCAUCCAUUUAUUUUGAAUUUUUUAACUCUUGGUUUUUGCUUUCCCCACCCUCGUCCCUAGGGUCUUCUUGCUUUCCAAUAUGGCGGCAGCAGGUCCCAAGCCUGUGAGCAAGCUCUCCAUUUGGGGGAGUCGCGAGAAGUCACGCGAGAUGGUCGCGCAUUCUCUCGAGGUUCGUUUUGCCUCACUUUUGAGAGCUUGCUCGCAGGCUCAUGGUUUUCAUUAGGGAACGUAAGCAAAGGCGUUUUUGAGCCAUGCAGGUCAACCGGAAGUGGCCUUUUUACAUUCCUGAGCAGUUGUUUUGCCCAAAUUUUCAGUUGAAUCGUCUCUACAUGUGUAAAGAAACUAAGCAAUACAAAUUUAAUAGCGUCAAGGCUUAUCAAAAGGGAAAAGUUCUCACUUCCGUUUGACGUACUAGAAAUAGGCAGCUUUUGAGAGACCCAGGAGGAGAAAGGAGAAUAUUUUGAAAGAGGCUCCUUGUGUGAAUAUAAAAUAGUCAUAGGCUACCGUUUGCGGGCGAGUUAUGCGUAGUAAACGGAGAAUUCUCCGAUCUCCGAUGCCCAAUGAACUCCCUGGCUACAUGUAGGCUUUCACAUGAGAUGUAGCCCGAGUGUCAGGCCUUCCUUAGCGGUUAGAGGAACGGAGAUUUUUGUAUCUUUCUUCUCUUUUCCUCCCCCCACCCCCCUAGAAACGCCACAUACUCAGGCUACAUGAGAGGUUACUUUUCAGGUUGUCCAGGACCUCUUAUUAAUCACACUCUUGUUGUUUCAUGUUUAGGUAGUGGGUAGAUUAGCAGGAGAUGGCAGUAACUCAAUGGUUUGAUGUCAGUACAAGUAUAAAUCACAAGAUGUGCGCUUGUGAACCCUCACCGACGGAGACUCCAUGACACCGUGCAUAAUUGAAUACAUUGUGACAACUGAGUUUGUACUUGACCCUCAGUUCAUUUAAUGCAUUAUACAUGAGGCCCAGUUCUGGGUGUGUUUUCUGUCAUUGAGGGUUUUGGUUUAGCGCAGAGACACAGAGACUAUUUUACAAUUAACACACCGCUGAUGUUCGUACUGGGUUAGACUUCGCAGCAAGACUAUAUAUCCUAUCAGAGAUGUCCGAGUAUGAUUAGUUUUCUAAUAUUAAAAUGACACUCUUAUUCAUGACCGAAUUCUCUGAUACCUAUACUGCGAAAUCGUACAGCAGCUCACAUAGACUGCAAAAUAGCCCAUAUUUUUGCCUAGGUUAAGAACGCGCUCAAGAGCGGUCAAAGGAAAGACCUAGGGUGAGGUUGAAAACGGAGGGUGAGAUUGGGAAGAGACGCGAAAAAUACGUUUUCUACGUUUUCCUUUCUCGCCACACACGCCUUACGGACGUGUGAGGCCCACGUGCUUUGAGGGAAAAUAUCACGCCGGUGCUUUGGAUGCAGAACCAAUGGAGUUUGGGGAAAAAAACCGACUGUUUUGCAGUCUGCAGCUCGUACGUUUCUUAUGUAAAGACUACACCUCCAGAGACGUUAAAAGUAGUAGCUGUUCUACCAUGAUUAAACUAAUCAGUUUUUUUUAUCAGAACAACAACUCUGAUUUGUUGACCACCUGACAACUUAGAACUUAGAAUAGAUACUUCCUUAGAUAUAAAUUCCUAUAAUACCGAGCAGUAAUCACCUUCUAUCCUUAUAAUCCAGCCAUGUCUCCAGCUUUGCUCGCUUCCCUGCUCGCUUCCUAUUGGCCGGCAGGACGGCAAGGGGAGAGGUGGGCGGAGGGGGGCGGGGGAGGGAUAGCAAGAAAAUAUUCAAAGUUAUCAUUUUCUGACUCUUCAGUUUGAUGUCCCUUCCUGAUUUUCGUCCCCACAUGGUCUUAAUUCACCGAAAAAGAUAUACUACGAGUAGUCCCAAUUUCUGCUCAGGGAUAGUAGAGAGAACGAAACGCGAGCGCGCGUGAAAAUCUCCCCACGCGAGAAAGGCGAGACGACGCGCCCCCACUUCUCGUUGUCUACGAAAAAGAUAACUCUCUGAGAAAGGUUGACUUUAUUUCCGGGAUCAUGCUCAUGAAAUGAAACUUGAUGUUACUUUUUUUUCUGCGUGGUACAAACGCAAACUAUGAAGGAAAGAAAGAUAAAAGGAAUUAACGAAAACCAUUUUAAUCCUUUUAGUUAUCUAUCGGCAUGUUAAGACCCCGUUUACACGAGUCCGGAAACGUUUUUGAACGGAGAAAAACUUGCACGGAUCCGCCUUUCGUUUACACAGAACACGCAGUACCGUGCAAGUUUUGAACGGCAGACAGUACUGUAACCUGUAACAGAAUUUGGACGGUUUUGUGUAAACGGGAAGGUAAAGAAUUCGUCCGGUCAAAAAUUUUCCGGACCCGUGGAGGGCUGGAGGCCUAAAAUUUUAAAUUUUUUGGCAAGUGACAAGCUCCUUUGUUCCUUGACAACUGUCCUUCGUCGGGUCAUCUUAUUUCGCGAACUUGACCGAUUAAAGUUCCUUUAAUUGACGUUUCUGGUUAGAAGAAAAAUUUUGCGUGUCUUAGGGCCUGUUUACAUGGAGGUGGGGGACCCCAGGUAGGUAGGUGAGGUAACCCGCUUAGGUUGGAUAACCCGUCUGUCCAUAUAAUCUCUCAUAUGAUCACCCCUUCUAUCAUGUAAACGUGAUCACAUUAAAAUAAGAGAUUAUAUGGACAGGCGGGUUUCCUCACCUACCUGGGGUCCCCCCACCUCCACGUAAACAGGCCCUUAGAUGCGAACAAGGUUGCAAAAACACAAAAAUUGGUGUUUUUUGCAGACGUUAAACUCUAUUUUUCCCGUAGUGCGAACUGGAUCUAUAUGCAGUUAUGCAACUUAAACCACCCAGAGCUUCCAAACAACACUUGCAAAGGUAAAUGUCCAACGCACCAUUCAAACAGCCAAAAAUCGGCUUUUUUAGCUACAAGAAUGACAAUACAAAACAAGUGAGGUAACAAUACGUGUAUGGUGUUCUUUAACAAUUAUUCCAAUAGUGCGCGUUGGAUAUGAGCGAGUUGGCUAUAAUCAUCUCGUAUCCAACAAGAGCGAAUGAAAUAAUUGUUUUAUGUAUAUAAAAAAAACAAACAAACAAAAUAUCGAGAAUUCUUUCCGACUUUAUUUUUAAACGACAACCGAGUUUCAGCUAGUUUUUAAUUUUGAGCAGACGCGUACAGGUACCAUAUUUGCAGAGCAAGGUAUAAUGGCUCGUAUACCAUGAUGGCUUAGCCAAUCAGAGCUCUAGAAUUGCAUUAUGCAAUGAUUCAGGUUUUAAAAUGUUAUUAUUCAUCGCGUUAUUUUGCGAUAGUAUGAACCUUUUCGAUAUUCCCAUGCAUUUUCUCUAAAUUAACAUUCGGGUGGUCACGAUUUCAUGUGGGUUCCUUAUGCUUAAACCAAUGUCUCAGUCAUAUACAGGAAGCCGCAUUCGUCAGAAGCAUUAGCUAGAUUAGAACAAACUAGAACCACUACGUGGAACUUACCGGGGCCCAGUGGGAUACGGGAUUGCAUAGAUAUAGUUUACCUCUCGCACCCCUCCCCCCUCCUCUGUGGAGGUUAAUACUUAGUCUGAAUUAACUCAUGCAGAAGAAAAGCAACAAAAUGCAUGAGAAAGGAGGAUGUUGUUGUAAGUUUGUUCAGUGUUAUUACAGCUAACGGUCUGUGUUAUAGUAGUGUUUUUAGUAACACUGUGAUGUCAAUAAGUGUGAUCUGUAUAAGGUUUUCAUUUGUUUUUAAGUUUGAGUGAAAAAGCAAAAAUCACUGACAGUUUUGGGUUGAAUGGUAAUGACAAAGUUUGCAAAGAAGUUUGUUACAGAAUUAUCACAAUUUCACAUUUUCUCAAGUACGUUAUCAUCAGGUUUAUCAUUGAGAUUUAUUAAUCACAUUUAUCUAUUUUUUGCGAAAACACUGUGAAUUUGAAAUGAUAACAGACAUAAGACAUUUUUGAAAUAGAUCUUUGUGGUCAUGGAUUGUUGUCUUGCACUGUAAAAAAUGUCAUCCAGUGUUAUAUACAGACAUAAUAAAAUGCUUAUUUAUUGAUGACUGAGUAUCAUUUGUUAAUUCAUUGCACAUUGAAAUGGAGGCACUUGAUUGUAAGGCAGUGGUUGAUACAUAGUGGCAUUCAUCAAUAUGGCCUAUAGUAAUUAUUGUAGAGGAAGUAUUUCUUUCCUGAACUGGGUAAACAGUAGUAUAUCUGCAACUGCUUGAAUGAUAAGUGCAUCAGCCCAUGUACCUUGAAUACACAUAUAUUAUUCAGAUAUCUUAUCCAUGAAUUUUCGGUAUUGCUCUCAAUAAAUCUCUCAGGAUUGUCUCUCAUAAAUUGAACCCCAGCAGUACGUAUAUGCAUGUGAUGGUUGCUUUUGCCAUAUAAUUGAUGUGAUACAGAUCUAAAGAAACAAUCACCUGCACCGCCAACAUCUAUUGAUUGUAAACAAAGUGCACCUAAUCUUGACUGCAUCAAAUUCUCAGAGGAAAUACGAGAGUUCAACUGCAUUGGUUGAGGUCACACUAGAGAAAGUUUACUAUAGUAAACUCAAGUUUACCAUAGUAAACGGCGCCGUAAGUGUGACCGGCAUUUUUCAGUUUACAAUGGUAAACUCUACCCUGGUUAAUUUCCAUGACUACCGCGGAAAGAACAAAGAUGACCCAUCACCGAUAACCAUCUGGUUACCAAAAAAAAUAGGUGGGUAUAUCUCUAGUCUAUCUAAACUUUGUUUGUUUUGUUGACAGUUUGUCAUGAUUUUUGAGGAAAGUAGUUUCAAAAGGGUCACAUAACAGAAUAGCUUUAGAACAUCGGUGAUUGCUUUUUCCACAGUGCUUGAAGGUUUCUGUUUCUGUACAUUUCUUCAAACCAUUCCUGGAGUCGAGGUUAAACCCACGCUUGCCUUCGCAAUGCCGCUCUUUCUCUAAGAAUACGUCUUCGAUGAGUAAUCAAUAAACCUGUCACUAAAACAUCUUCACUAACUUCGUAUUCGAAACCAAGGUAGGUAAUAAGGAGCGCAUUCUUCUUGCUCGUCUGAGCAGCAGAAUUAAAAGCAAAAUGCUCACAACAGAAAACAAUACUCUCUCACAUUGAAGCAUCUUUGUACACUUGUGAGGGUCACGCUCAGGAAGUUACAGUUCAGUAAUUUCAAUUUAGUCAGCUCUCAUAGCAGGUCAUCAUUUGUAUUACUUUUCACUCUCACGUUACCGAUCACGCGAAAAAACGCCUGGAAAGUUUCAAAUGCCUUUUAAGUGGACCUGUCAGGUUUACUACGGUAAAGAAGACGUUGCGAGACUUACCAUAGUAAAGCCCUUUUUACCAUAGUAAAGUCUCUAGUGUGACCUCAACCAUGUUGAGCUGUGAUUUUGCAUAGAAGGUCUAAUUAUUACUUCAUGAUGAUCAGUGUUGUAUUGAGUAGGUCCUGGAUUCUUCUCAACAUCUUUACUUAGUUUGAAAUUCACAUAAUUGGUCAUAUGACUCACACAAUUGCAAGAAAACAAUGAUAAAGAUCGACGUGCUUUACAUUAUUUUUAGUUUCAUUAUCCUGUGAUAAUGCCUGCUAAAGAAAGACAACAAAUAAGCUUUCUUGGGUAUAGCCAUUUUAUUUAAGUUAAUUAUCUUUGGAUCGCGUUUGUUACUACAUUUAUAUCGUGCAUGAUAAAGUUUUCUCACCUUAUUAACAUAGCGAUGGAGCUUUGAAGUCUUCGGUAUGUCAAUCAUUGAAAUCUUUUUGAAGACAAAUUUUGAUAAGUGUUCGCUUUGAUUCUCGAUAAAUUUCACGAUGGAAGGUUCACUCAAUUUCUCGAUAAGUUUCACGAUGGAAGGUUCAGUCUCAGAAGUGAUCGCUCGUAAAUUUGUCUCUCCAAAUAUUCACUGUUAAAUUUUCGCUCAUAAACUAGUUGGGUUGGGGGAACGUGUCGUUCCCCAAAAAAGCUAUAAUCUUUCUCUUGACUGUCCUCCAUGCCUCUUCUUUUCAAAAUGGCGGAUAAGAUUUCAAUGAGCCAGCGAUAUAUCUCAGUCAGCGAUAUAUCCCUAACAAUGUAACGUUGAAAAAACGGACGGUCUGCAUUUUAAGACCGGUGCCAGCCUUCGGCUGGGCCCCGGUAAAGAGGAUAAAGGUUAAUAUUCUCAUGAUUAGAAUUGACUUCCGCUGUCUGCGCUCGAAUCUUCCUCUUUUUCUAAGGCAGUUGAAUUUGGAGUGGUUUUAAUCAAUCCUUAUAGUUGUUAUUCUGUAAGAAAUAGCACUCAGGGAUCUCAGGCCUGCUCACCACUAAAAAAGCCGUGCACGAUCAAAGCUUAGAAGCUGAGGCGUAAUAUAGUAGGACCCCGGUAACUCGAACUCCCCGUAAGUCCCAUUCAGGCCCUAGUUUUCAGUCACUUUUACUCGAACUUGGACAGCUCGAAUUCCCCGCUGACUCGAACUGCAUUUCGUUUCUCUUGAUCAAAAUUAACCUUGAUGGUGUUUGGCUGCAAACGUCAAAUUAUGUAACGUUUUGGUUGCCACGCUGUAAGAUAAAGAUAAACUAAUUCCGCUCCCGACUGGUGAUCUAGACCUGUCUGGUGAUCUUUGUUCCCUUAUCAUGGUGUCCCAGCUGGCCGGCUAGAUGUUAGGUAGGAAAUAUCGUUUAUUUCCUGAAAUCGAUCUACCCCCCGUACCAGGGCUAAUAAAGGUUUUGUUCGCCAUGCCCCGUACCGUUUUAACUCGAGCGGUCAAUUUGGAAGUGGUAAAUAAGCUAUUUGCUUGUCACAUUUGGUCUCUCUUCCAAAAUGACGGUAUAAAAGCGGUAAUUCUUCGAUAGGAAAAUGGUUUUCUGUUCUCAUUCAAAAAACCUCGUUUUCAUAUUCGCCUUUUCCACAUCAUUCCAUUGUACCGCUCCGUCACCCCCUCCCGCCGCUACCCCCCCCCACCCCCCCCCCCCCCCUACCCGUUUCUCCUUAACUUCGCAUUAGAACUGAGACGUACCAGCUCCUGGACGUACGUGUUAAUUAUGGGACGAUGUGUAAGUGGUGGAAUAGGGCACCCACCCCCCGCUCCUUCCGCCAGGAUAUGAGCGAAGACCGUUUUCUCCAAAAUGUUCUGAAAUGCCUCUUUAAGCUUCCUGGAGUGCUUUAACAGCAAAAUGAGUGAAUAAUUCGCAUCGCUAAAAAAGUCUUAUCUGUUCGGUCGUUCUAGAAGCUGUUAUUAAAGACCUUGACCCCGCGAAUUUUUAAGGGAUUUUUUUCGCCUUUACCGAAAAUAGCAGCAUACAGUGAAAGUUUCACGAAACCGUAAGAUUACCUAACGUACUUAUUCCUUGACCGAAAUUUUAGGGGUCGUCUUCAAGUUUGUCCGAAUAUCGAUUGUGGGCGUGUCUCCGAAUUUUCUAGGGCGACGCAGCAUGUAGAGAAAAUUCUAGGUUUAAUAAUAAGAAGAACAAGAACAAGACGACGAAGCACGAAGAAGAAGACUUUCGUCUUACAGAAGCAGAAGAAAAAGAAGAAAUGCCACUAGGACUCUGUACGUUUAGCUCAUCGAGCCGUAUUUAACUAGAAUUGGAAAUGUUUAAAUAAAAUAGAGCGUUCAUUAGAAGCAAAGUAAAUGGUGAACUCAGAAUCCAACAAAAUCGCUUAAAAUAUCACCUCUGUUGUAACACGGGACGACAAUUUAUCAAAGAUAAGGUCAUACAACGUUUAUUUAGAAGUGACCCUGCGUGAAUUAUGUGAUAUAUCGCUAAAAAAAAAAUAAAUCAGUCGGUAAAUCCAGCACAUUCAUUAUAAAUUUACAUACGGUUACACAAACAGAAUUCGUGGGCUUCCUGUGGUCACAUAACUAUGGAUGGGAAGUUUAGCUACCUGCCUGGUACGUGACACGGACUGUUAAGGUUGCUAGUCAACACUGAAUUUCACCAGUUUCAUUCCUAGUAGUAGAUCACGCUCAAUUUUCGUUUCGCUUUGUAAUAACAUUCAGGCGGGCAAGGCGAAACUUUAGCGGUAGUCGUUAGAGAGAAUGUCUGAGAACGGCUAAAAUUGGGCCUGAUCUCAGGUUAAGUUAGAGAGUACACACUCAGAAGUCGGUGACAAUAAGGUGAUACCGUCGAGAAAUGCACUUUUUGCUUUUGUAUUGUAGGUCGAAAAGGCCACAAUUACGCGACGCUUAAAGCGAGAAGGGAAUAAAAAGGUCGUUUCACAGCAUACCGGUAAUACCGACUCGUCGACCAGCUGAUGUUCAAUUUAAGAUAUAUCUCGGGAUGAAAAAUGAGUGUGUAACCCUUGUAGUUAAAUUUAAACCGGGAGAAAGCCACUUCGACUGAGGAAAACACAUUUAUCACUCAUUUAUUUUUGGAGUAUUUCGGUAAUGUAUUGCAUGAAUUACCCAGCUACAGUUUCACGUUCACACAAUGGAGUUUAUUUAAUUUUCGCAAUCGUUUAACGAUGCGAAAAAGAAAAACUGACGAAAAUGAAAGCUAGGUAGAAACAAAAAGAUCUCUGACCCUGGGGCCGGGGGGGGGAUCUCUGAAAGUUAUUCCAAACGCUGUGAGAUGGCAUUUUUCCAUCACAUUGUAGGUUUAGCGACUGAUGCACCUCUCAUACUAAAAGUAUUUAAGACGAUGAAUGAAAUUCAUGCAUUUUAAAAAGCAAUUUCGACACGUCAUGGAGGACAGGGGUCGGAGAUUAGGGGCCGGGAGGGGUACAGGAAGAAAGGGCAGCAACUGGGAGUUCUAAAAGGGCGGGAAAUGGGAGAAAUAGGGGGAAAUUACGCAACAAUGCUUAAAAUUUAGUAAUCGAAAUGGGACUAAAGGGAGAAGCUAGGGGGAAAAGGGACGAGAGUUGGGAAUGCAAGGUGACAAGGUUAGAGAUUUGGAUGCCAGUGACUCCCUUCCUCUCCCCCCUCACCCUUGUGGUGCAAAACUGAAAUUGACUAGUUACCGGAAGACGGAUGAAAUAGCGGGUGGAUCUUUCAUGUAGUUUUAGUGAAUAUCUGAUAAAAGCUGCAGUUUUCUUGUCCAAAAAAGAAACAUUGCCGGAGAUCAUGUCACACGACGCUGUCAACUUGAUCUAGGAAAAUAACAUCAACCCGCAUAUGAUUAUACAGUUUAGACUUCCCGUGUCGAGUGCAGCCUGACCCCACUUUAAAUACUGUGUGUGUUUUGACGGCUUUGCAUUUUCAAAUCAACUUCCUCAGUUAAAAACCGAGAUAUAUCAUUGCCGCGAGAUGUUUUUUACGAGACACUCCUGACUUUGCCAUGAUUGAGCUCAAAACUCAGCUGGUGCUUGCAUUUGCGUGGAUUGUGUUGUGUUUUACCGUUGGAAAAUGCAGUGUUUAUCCAAACUCUACUUACUUUCAAGAAUGUGAACGUCAAUGCCAUAAGCCUCCGAAAGACUCAAGGGUUUCUGAGGUAAGGUUUUCAGAGUCUGUGCUAAAUCUCUUCUGACCCAGUCCCUCAUAAAAGUUUUACUGAAGAGAGAAUUAUUUUGCAACGUCUUAUUCAUAAGACAUUUUCUUCUUGGUUUUCCUUACCUACAUUGGUCAUGUAUUGAAAUAUCGGGUAUUUGUUUCUUCAGAUAGUAAGUUUGAAUUUAUUGGACUUCAAAUUGGAAAAAAAUUUUCGGCGACAGGGACUCAAAUAUAGCUAAAUAUAAGUAUAAGUGAGGACUUUAAAAGCACAGCAAAUACUCACGUAUUCAAUGUAUAGGGUUAUGACAAUUACGUGUCUUUAGAAAAACUGUAUUCAUUGUCGAUAGAGCUGAUAGUAGUUUACUUCUGUUCCUGUUUUCAUUGACAUCGCGUCAUCGCUAAAAAAAUGUUUCCAAGCAGUUUUCAAAAAGAUGGCUAUAGCUUAUCUAAUUUCCCAAUAUUUCCAACUUCGUUUCGUUCCAUUAUGGUCAGGAUUCUUCUAAAAACAAUUCUUUUUUGGUUUUUUAAUCUCUACUUUCUCAGGUUUUGUGAAAUAGAUAUUAAGCGGAAGUUAAUUUUAUGCCCAAGUUUAGUUUAAUAAAAUUUGCGUAAUGUUGAUCGGACUGGAGAAAGCAGCUUUGGAACUCUCAAGACAGUAAUUAAAAUUAACCUGCGAGUAUAACUUUUUCUUUCUAGGUCGUUUUAAGAAGUCAGGAAAUUUAAAUAAUUAAUUACAGCGGAAAUUUGAAGCAAUUACUAUAAUAUUGCUUGCGGUCGUUCAGAGCCGUAAGUUUAUUGCAAGUUCUGAACGGUGUAGUUGUAAAAGGAAGAUUUCGAUCGUCCAGUCAAACCCUUAAAAGCAAGUAUUUCUAGAUGAAAAGGAAGAAGAAAUUGUAGAUGAUAUCAUAAAGAAAAAAAGAUACAAAAACGUGAUAGUCAGGUUUCAGGAAGCUAAUUUGUCGCUUGCUAGGGUGCUGAAAUAUUAUAUGCAAAACCUCGAGAUUCCAACAAGAUAAGGAAUGUAGUCUGCGUAGCAGGCGCUUGGAAGUAAUAAGCGCAAGAAAGAACGGGGCGCGCGAGGGGGACACGCGAGACAGCCCUUGCGUGUCUCUUUCGCGCGCCCCGUUCUUCCCUAUCGGGGCUUUGUACGCAUCCCCCGGGGGUUGUUAAAAGGGGAAGGGAGAGAAAUAAAAGAAAAAAAUACAAGUAAAGCUACCUAGGUGAGGUUUAUAUUGUUUAUGAGAGUUUGGCAGGUACAGGAGCCCAUUUGAUGGGCUCCUGGCAGGUACCAUUAUCAGUGCGGAAAUGAAAUUCAAUGAGCUACGUAGUUCCAUUUUUUGUUCAAAAAAGCGCUCAAAACAACCAACAAGAACCUUUUUGAAACGACACAAGCGUAGGAAAAGACAGCACACUUCCAAACACGUCAUUAGUCACGUCCGGGAGAAAAGUGUACUUUGUUGUUGUUAUCGAAUUUUUAGAUCCCAUCGAUCCGCACGAACACUGUCACGUUUUGGUUACCUGUACAUGUGUUGUGUUGCAGACAGAGUUAUGUAAAGUAGGAGUAAAUUCUGUUAUUAAAUUGUUUUCCUUAUCAUUAUUUUAUAUUUAAAUUGAUACGUCUCUCAGCAGAAUGCAGAAUCCCGCUGCAUAAGAGAAUGUUUGCUGUUAAAAGCGAAAGGUUGGUGAAUUAUUAAAGGCAACCUCUAUAGUGUAAGUUCAAACAGUAACUUGGUAGCAAGGCCGACUAUUUUAGGUUGUCCAUGGGUUUGUUGCUAAGCUAUGCAAAAAGAUAACAAUGCUUUCAACUUCACUAUGAUUUCUGCUUAGCAGAGACCAGAACAUGCCUUGCAAACACUCGGGUACCUUUAGCUUCGUACUGCGAAUUUUUUGCACUGAAGAGCCACCUAAAUUGUCGACAAACUUAAUGCGGGGCAGGGCAGAAUGAGGCAACUGUGGAGAAGAUAUGUAUGCUGUCGCUUAAGUUGUAUUUUUCCCCCUCUCUUUCCAGUUGUUUUGGCUUUUCCACUGAGCGAACUAGGCAGUGAAUUUGAUGUCAAACUGAAGUUUUGCAAUUGGUGGUCUAUUAGCGGUACGGAAGAGGAAGUCAUUCGUACUGUCGUGGCUAAGUUAAUUUACUAGCAAAGUGAAAAAGGCGAUCACGUUUCAGCUAGAUGAAAAGUACAUUUUUUAAUAGUGAGCAUUAAUUUUGCCUUGAGAACAAAUUCUUAAACAUUGGUCUUAUUUAAAGUCUUGAACUGGCGGUUGAAUAUAUUUGAACCCAAUAAACCCCGACGUUUAUGCCCAGACAACGUCAAAGCUCUCUGCUGGCAGAAUAAUUUCCCCAGAUAGUUUGAAAUGUAAAAGGCGAUGUUUCUAAAACAAAAGAGAAUGCCCCGCGAUCCGACGAGCCAAUAAUGUCAUGUUAAAUGUUAAUCCUUCAUUGAUGUAUAUUUUUGACGUACACUCAUUAUUUUGAAAAGCUUGUACAGCAUAAUGAAAAAAUGAAUAUAUCAUUUCAGAAAAUGCUACAGCCACCGUGACUCCAAAAACUGCAAACGUUUCAGUGAAUUUAACAACGGCUACGUCUGGCAGAUCACCGACAACCAAAGGGCAGAGAAACAGUAAGUAUAAUGGACUUCAGUUGGGUCGGAAUUUUAGUGAAAGCAAUUCCAAUAUUAAUCCGCACUGAACCGGAUUUUAAACUUAUAAUGAUUUUCCUUUUAACACGUCUUCGAUUGGUUGCACUUUCAUAGGAAACAAGAGCUGUAUUUCAGCAAUUGGGACUGAUUCGACUGAUGUGCUCGUAUAAUCGCUGGUUUUCCUUUUCUGUAGACCUGAUGGCUUAUCAAAGUCAUUUCGACAUAAAAAAAGCUCCGAGAUAGUAUAAACACCUGUUCGUUCACUCUGGAAAGAAGAGUGGCACAGAAACCUAUCCGAUACGUGACGAUGGCCUUUUCAAGAUUGCUGCGGGGCAGUUUCGCUCCGUUUACAAAAAGUGCUCCGAAAUCACCGUUCUUAUGUGCGAACAAAAGCCGCUCUUUCUGAUGUGGUUCUCGUGCCGGCGCAAGAGCUAUCCAGAAUAAAGUAGACAAAGCCUAAAUGACUCUUAAUAAGAUCGCCUCGGGCUGGACACUCUCUCAUCGGAAAUUUAAAUAUUGUUUCUUUAAAGUUCUUCCCUCGGCAUUUUUCACCAAAAUAAGUGGUUAUUUAAUGUCUAUUGGGCUAAUCAUGCAUUUAUUCUGAUGGUGUAAACACUUGGGAAGAACCUGUUAUCAAAAUCAACGGAAUUUUAUAGCUGAUCAAUGUGGAAAAAAGAGGAACACAUUUUACCUUAGGUUAGUACAGCGACCAAAUUGCAUUUCAUGGCAUGUGCUUUGUUAUAACUGACAUAAUAAUGUGAAGUGUAGUAUUAGUUUUACAUUCAAAUCACGUCUGCGGAAGAUGUUCCCGAACUGCAGCUGUUUGGUCCUAAGACCCGGCGUGCAUUAAUACACAUACAGCUGAAAUUAGUAUGAAAUUGCACGCAUUUUACUCAUAUCCUGCCAAUGAGCUAUUAUGAGAGCUAUAUACGUAUUUAUAGGAGCAACAAUCGUUUAUAAUAUGCCCCCUUUCAAUUACUUUCAAUUACAUCUAAAAUUUAUCAGUUUACGCAGAACUCUCGCGGAUACCUGUAUGGGUAACAUUUUUGGCCUCCCGUCCUCAUGAAGAUCGUAGGCUCUAGGGAGAAUGGGUACAAGCUUUGGGUGCAGUGCUUUCUGGGAUCGUGGACAAACGUUAGGCUAUGAUUGGUCGGUGGUAUUCAAGCCAAACAAAUGAUCCCAGGAAUCGUUGCACCGAAAGCUUGUGCCGAUUCCUCUUCUAUUUUCUGCAGUGGGGAAUUUGUACUCCUAAGCCCAGGAUGGGCAUCCCUGCGACCCUGUCCUUUUCAUUGCGUGUCGCCCCAUGGUUCUGGAGGCAAUGAGUGGUAUAUGGCUUACCACACUUGACUUCCAAAAUUUUCUGUAAAACGAACCUGUAUUUAGCCAGUGUCGCACUGAAUUCUCUUUUUGUAGGUUGUCCACGUAGUUACAAACCUGCGCCUAAUGAAGAUGUACCAGGGGAUGUGACAGAUUUAACGGUUACCUUUGUACAUGAAAAAAAGGGAGCGACCAAAGCAUGGGUGGCUAACGUUAGUUGGACGGCUCCUAAAGGUAAUGAACACCGCUGGUAUAAGAGAACAGCAAUAAAGUGGGUAUACUGUGAAACGAUCGUGUUUUACGCUGGCGUGAAGUGUGCGGUCUUUAAAUAACUAGCCUGUGCCAGGCGUUCAGAUCUCCACUAUCCGAACGCCUGAAACAGGAUAUGAAACAAUAGGUCAAGAGCGAGUGUUGAAUGGAGAGAGCUUGUGCGGCUCGCGCGGGACUCGCGCGGGUGAGUUCCCUCGUUCUUGUCGCCUUGUGCCUUACAAGCUGCUAUUAACGUUUAAAGAAAAAGGCGAUGGUUUAGGUUUUUAGAGAAACUGUGCUGUUCCCUUUGAUGGUGUUUAAGAAGCUGAAUUCUUUCUGGCUUGUAUAACAUUAAUUUCUUUCCAAGGUCCGUAAAACAGUGAAAAAAACUACACGCUUUCCUUUUCACCCUCUCGCAAACUAUGCUCACUAGCAACUAACGCCCUUCAGAACUGAAGGAAACGAUUGAAAGCAUUCUUAAAUUUUGGUUUUUAAUUUUGCCACCAUUUUUAGGUGUGAAUGCGUCCAUCAAUUGGAAUGGGUAUUUGGUAGUUUGGUUCUCGAUGUCCGAUUCACAAGACGCGGGACCAAAGCCAGUUCUAUGCAGAAAGGUACCAAAGGUGAGUAAGUAAAUUUAGACUGUACACUGAGCUGCUUUAUUUCCUGAACCCAAAGAAAAGGAUGCUAGAAUCAAAACAAGAGCGCAUUCUGUGUGGAAGGUCAUAGUUAAGUAGAGUGUGGGUGCCUUUAACGGGUGUUCGAAGAUGCAAAAAUGAGGAAUACACUCCAAAACUAGUUUAGCAAUUAAAACAAAUACUGUUAUAAUUGUCGCAUGUGAGGUGCAGUAUAAGUUUACAUUCAAGUCACGACUGCGGAAGUUUUUUCCCGGAUGGCAGCUGUUCCCGAGUGAUUUUCACUUCCCCUCUCCACACCCUUUUAGGCAUCUGUGUCCAUUGUUCUGGUGAGAUUACUAGUUGAACCUCUCAUUACGAGAACGUCAUAUUAGGGAUACCUUUUCUUUACCGUUUUUUUUUAAAGAAACUCACGAUGACAUCAACCACUGAUAUAAAUACAUGCCAACCAGAAGCGCAUUGACUCUUGAAACAAAAGAUUCUUUUAUUUCACUCCUUACGAAUUUGAAUGACAAAAACAACAUGGCAGCCAUCCCUUUAUACUCCUCCAUCAUGUCCGUCGCGUGGUUAAGCUCAGACCUCUUUAGGGGGAGCAGGGGGUUCAAACCUCCCGCCUUCGUUACCUUGCAUUCCUGGCUUCCCCCCCUACUUUUCUUACCUCCCUCCUUUAGCCUUUUUUCGAAUGCGACAUAUUUAAGCACCCUUCUCCUCCGCAGAGGCUCCCGCUGGAUAUCCCUAUAAAAAUAGCAAUAAUCGAAAAAAUAGAAAGCGCGCGGGGGACGAUGGGAAGAGGGAAAAAGCGGGAACCCUUUCCCCUUCCCAUGGUGCCCCACGCGCUCUCUUUUUCUUUGUCCCCUGCCUCCCCACAACAGAAAGAGGCCUCUGCGGAGAAGAGAGUUUAAGCACCGUUGCGGAAUUUCCCCCUAUUUCUCCUGUUUCCUAACCUUUAAGGAACCACCAACUACCGCCCUUUCCUCUCCCGCCUCCUGUACUCCUCCCGACCCUGUUCUCGCGUAAAAUAUCUGUAAGAUACACGUAUCUCUGUAAUGCGGGCGCCCUUCCUCUACCCCAACCUCGUUCCCAGGUUCUCUCUCCUAUCCGUAGGGAUGGGUAGGAGAGAGAAUUCUGGGAACGAGGUUGCAUCUGUCCCUUAUUGCUGUCCAUAUCAGGGAGGUUUGUCUGUAGAAUUUGUUACAUACGUGGCUGAGAACUCGCAAGCGAAGCCUACAAUGUAGGUAUUUAAAGCAUCGAGAUUCAUCCGCCCGACGCGCAAAUUAUCCAGAAAGCCUGAAGUAUCGUAUUUUAAAGAAGUUUUACGCCUCAUGCACGAUUACUUUUUUUGGCACAAACCUAAAACUGGGAAGUUUCUUAAUCUUCUUCUUUUAGAGCCAGACCCACAUUGUUAUUAACGAGACAGACGGAUGGAAAUAUCCGCGGAAUCUUUAUUUGGCAGUAAGUAGACUACAAUAAAAGUCAGAUAUCAUCCUAAGAAAGGACAAAUGUCCGAACGAGCCUGGUUCAAUCGUGAACAUUAUGCUAUAGUUUUUUAAACCACCCUGGGACACAAUGUUUUAAGAAAACUGUCAUUCCGAAGUCAUUGUCUAAGAUAAACUGCCCAGUAAUUACCUUUGAUCGUAUAACCUAGAGACCUGGUUCAGCACCAAGUUUCCUCCAGUUUACAAAACUUUCAAAACUCAGAGCAAAACAGUUUCAAACUAUAUUCGAAAAUUUUGUUCCAAACGGUCAAACUUCGCACCACAUUUCCUUCAGUUAACCAACCAAAAAAUAUCCCUGAUUAAAAGACAGAGAACGACAGAGAGGCCGUUACAAAUAUCUCCAUUUCUUCAGUUUGAUAAAACCUUCAGAAAGCCGAAGGAGGCCCUCUUCUUCACAUCGUCGAAGGCGAUGAGAUGAAUUAAAUUGAAGGAAAAUUUUCUAAAGUGACUGAGUUCCGAAUGACUCACGUCAUGGCUGUGUUUUAAAUUUUUCUUUAGGUUCUUGCUUUGCCCUCAUAUGAAGAAAGAACAGAACUGAAAACUUUCCGCCCAUGGACGCCAGGUAUAUACAACGUACUUGAUUAAACGUUAUCCUUUUUAAAUCACCGUUUAAAUAUGGUAUUUGAAAAAGGUUUUGAGUACUCGUCAGUACCCUUGUUCUGAAAAUAUGAUUUAAGUAUCUGUUUAAAAUGUAAUUUUAUUACAAAAUAUGUUUGAAAUGCAGGGAAAACCUGUUAGUAUAACUAUUUUGGUUUUAUUCGUAAAAUGUAAUAAAAAUACCCCAAAUUGAGGUAAAAAUAGUUUUUAAAUCAUUCAAAUACAUUUUAACUAGUUUUCAAACAGUUUCAAAAUAGAGUUGGUUUGAUAAGGGAGUUAUUUCAAAUUACGAAGGCACGCUUGAACGAGGGAGGCAUCAGUUUUUUGGCCCCAAAAAGCGCGCUCCAACGAGAGAGGACAAAGUUUUAUGGCCAAGAAAAGGGCGCUCGAACUGACAGGAGGCACAAAUUUCUUGGCCCAAGACUCCGCGCUUGAACGAGAGAGGUAAUAGUUUGUAAGUCCCGAAAAGGACGUCCCUGAAAAAAAAGAAACUUUUUCCUUCUCGAUUACUCUGCUAAGAUUUUAAUGUCCAUGUUGCUGUUGUAUCUUCAUUAGAAUGGAGAGUGCCUGGUCUGUAUAAACCAGCGUCGAUUAAAGAAAAAGGUAACUUUGCUAGAAUCCGUCCUCAUUUUAGAGUAUCGAAAAUGUGAUGUUGUGAACUAAAUUCCUGGAUCAGCACUAACUUAUGAGACCGUAAAAUUCCGAAAAUAGGCCCCGGGGUUUAUAUUUUUCAAAGGCCCUUUUUGAGGGGCUUAUUUUUUGAGGGGCUUAUGUACGGAGGGAAACUUGCGUUUUAAAAUCGAUUGGGCUAGCUUGUAGUGGGAAGGAAAUUUAACAUUUUUGCAUUGUUUUACCUUGCAGUCGAGGGCAAAUUCCAAGUACAAGCCCUUCGGGGGGCUUAUAUUUGUAGGGGUGAUUUAACGGAGGGUUUUUUGCUUUAAGAUUUUGGGUGACUUAUAUUUGAAGGGACUUAGUUUUGGAAUUUUACAGUAUCAUUAGACAAAUGUCUUGUUUUACAGUGGACGUGCAUUUAGUUAGGUUGCUUUAAGUUACAAUGAGUUGAUUCCCGAUAACUCGAACCCUCGCUAACUCGAACCUCGCGCUAACUCCAGCUAAAGUCGAUUUCCCCUGGAUUUUUGUUCAUACAUUUACCAUAAUUUUACCCUUGAUAUCUCGAACCCCCGAUAACUCGAACCAGUAAUUUUUGUUUUAUAGUUUUACCCUCGAUAUCUCGAACCAUGUUUUUAGCGCGUGACACGUUAGGAAAAAAACGGUGUACUGAAGUCCGAAACGUUGAAUUUAUUUCAAAACAACGGUGUCAAUUCUUUGUCUUUUUUUUUCACUCCAGAUCAAGUUCAUUGUCCAUCCCUGUAUAUCAAUCCAUCUUUGUCGCCUAAUUCCUUUUUCAAAAUAUCAAUCUGUUCUAUUUCUUGCUGCCCUUAAUGCAUGAUACUUGCAUUCCCACCCCAUCCAUUCACUGCUUAUUUCCUUAUUUCCUGUUAUUUGCUUCGAACUCCCGAUAACUCGAACUUUUUUCGAUUUCCCUAGAAGUUCGAGUUAUCGCAAGUCGACUGUAGUUUACUGGCACCUCACUCAAAUACAGUCACAAACAAAUAAUCCAAAUCAAACAUAGACUGGUUCACUAACUACACUGCCGACUUUUGAUCUCAUGAGCGUUACGAACACUGUCUUUUCAGGCGGGAAAGCAUUCCAGCUUUGGACUCCAGAAGGAAUAGCCAUUUCAGUAGUGACCGCACUUGUCAUAAUCUUGGCCAUCAUUUGGGUUGUGAACAUCUACGUCUUCAAACGAAAGAAAUCAAAGAGUUUCCAUGUGAGUUUCAGCAGUGGUAACGAGAAAAAGACGGAGGAAAAGAAGGAGGAUGAACUGAAGCAUCAACUGAUUGUUUGAACUAUAUAAAAAUGAAGAAGCUUUUGAAGCUGUAGCAUAUUUGUUACUUUUUUGAAUUUUUUAGUAGAAGACUGGUUAAGAGGUAUAUUUUAGUAACAUUUAUUCAACUAACGAAAUCCAAAGAAGUAGUUCUUUGUUUGGCACAACACUAUGAAGCUUUUGAAAGCUUUUUUUUAAUGAGUAACAAACUCAUGUUCUUUUUGGCUAGUGAGAUAAGCGUUCUCUGAAUAAACAAUUUAUUCAAC